AAGGGGGAACCGGGCGCAGCUCUAAGCAGCUCAUGACGUCAGCCACAAUCAGCGGUCGCUGGGCAGCGCCAGUGGUGUCGAGAGGAAGAAGCCAUGGUCCUCAUCAAGGAGUUCCGUGUGGUUUUACCCUGUAGUGUUGAGGAGUAUCAAGUGGGGCAGCUGUUCUCUGUGGCUGAAGCCAGUAAAAAUGAGACGGGUGGUGGUGAGGGCAUUGAGGUGCUGAAGAACGAGCCCUAUGAAAAAGAUGGAGAAAAAGGACAGUAUACGCACAAAAUCUACCACUUAAAGAGUAAAGUACCUGCGUUUGUCAAGUAUGUGGCCCCAGAGGGCUCACUGGUGUUUCAUGAAAAAGCCUGGAAUGCCUACCCCUACUGCAGAACUAUUGUCACAAACGAGUAUAUGAAAGACAAUUUCUUCAUUAAGAUUGAGACGUGGCACAAACCAGACCUUGGUACACAAGAAAACGUGCACAAACUAGACAGUUACACAUGGCAGAAAGUAGUUGUUGUGCCGAUUGACAUUGCGGACGGAAAUCAAGUGGCCCCCGCUGACUACAAGCCAGACGAGGAUCCUGCCAAGUUCAAGUCGGUUAAGACGGGCAGAGGACCGCUCGGACCCACCUGGAAGAGAGAGCUGGUUGGCAACACCGACUGCCCAAAGAUGUGUGCCUACAAACUGGUCACAGUCAAGUUCAAGUGGUGGGGCCUGCAGAACAAAGUGGAGAACUUCAUCCAUGAGCAAGAGAAGAGGAUCUUCACUAACUUUCACCGCCAGCUCUUCUGUUGGAUCGAUAAUUGGGUGGAGCUGACCAUGGAUGAUAUCCGGCGGAUGGAGGCGGAGACGCAGAGGGAGUUGGACGAGAUGCGUUAUAAAGGCUCUGUGCGAGGCACAAAGGCUGCAGACGAGUAGCCAGGCCAGGUAGAGUCUGAGUGUUGCUGUCUUCGCAAACAGGGUGAAGUACGAGGAACCAGCGCUGCAGACGAAUGAAAAGGCAACGGAUUUUAAACACCCACAAUGACGACAGCGAUGGUUCUCUGGUGCCACUUCUUUACCCUAACUGAUUCAGGCUGCGGAGGAGGAGGGAGGGGGGCACUCCUACCUGCAAUCAAUAUAGCAGAUCCCUGGCUCGCACCCAAUCAUAGACAUUCUAUCCACCGAGGAAUUGAUUUCUAGAAACCAACAUGAUCCUGGCUGAUAAGACUCUGGUUAAUUUUGAUCUCCUGGGCAGAGAAACGCCAGGUAUCGGCAUCAUGUUAUUGACGACGCCUUGCCUUCUGGAGAUAUAUGAAGAGGAGCUACUUGCAAUUGUUUUUUUGUUUUACACAAAAGCAAAAUCAGUAGUUUAAUUCCACAGUGGCAGGUGUAGGACCAAAUAUUUCCUCUUUUGUACUUUUGUGGUUUUCCUCCUUCCUUCUUUCUUUUUCUUUUUUUGGUAUUUGUUAAUGUUACCCUCCAAAACAUUCCUCUCACAAUGAUCUGUCUCCCUCUUGGUUUUAACUGUACACAGUGUGGUUCGGUGGUUUGCAUUCCCUGGCAUGAGUCUGUCUGUUUGUCAUACUCGUGUUCCUUCCUGCCACAGCCCCCAUUAAGAGAUUACUAACACCCUUGGCACCUUGGCCCAUUGCGAUCCUUCCCCCGUCUCCCCACCUCUCCCAAAGCACUGCAUCUUGUUAGCACUGACAAUCAUGCCCGUACAGGUAUUCGCUCCCACUCCCAUACAGAUUUAAUAGAACCCCCCCCCACACACACGCAUUUGACGCGCAUACAUUGCGCACAUGAGGAUAAACGUGUGAAUUAAUUUUCACACGUACACACUCUCGCAGGUGUGGAUGCCUUUGCGGUGACUGAUCUCUUAAAAUCUCCGGCUAGGCAGAUCCAUGCAAGCUUGUUCAGCUCAAGGAUGUUACUUUGGAAGUGUUUACAGCUCUCUCUGAUUUUUUUUUUUCUUCUUCUUCCCUCCGCAAAACACUCCAUAUUCAGAAGACAUUCACACAGUAUUCACCUCCCUAACAGAUGUCCCUAGAGAGAAACUGCAUCGAAAAACAACCACAGAUGGUGCUGCACCCCUCCGGCCUCUGUCACAAACCACACUGCCUGUCCCACCUCACCCAGCCCACCCCCCCCCCCAGGGGCCUGUCUCACUCAGCUGGUUCUCAGAGGUAGAGUGAAUGGUGUUGUAAUCGUGCUUACAGAUUCAUAACUGCCUUAUCAGUGCCCACGCGACACCAGCACCACACACACUGUUUGCCUUAAUCUCCAGACCUUAGUAUCUAUUGGACCUAAUGUACCUCUGCUGCCGCCUAUCGCUCUGGCUACCUCCCUCGUCUCUGACGGACAGACCUCUGCCGAUCAGCUGCCACUUGAAAGGAGUAAAUCGUGGCAGACCAAACUUCAUGAGCAAAGUUGCUUUGUGGUGACUUUUUUUCUCUCUCUCUUUCUCUCUCUCUCUCUCUCUCUCCCUCUCUCUUCAGGGUGUGUAAUUGCAUGCAAUUCCCUUUUUGUUUUCCCGAUGUGUCAGUGCCUGAGCAAAUGCAAUUCCUUCAGCAAGCACAACUUUGUACGCUUGGGCCAUAACAGCCAUGUGCACUGUUGUUGCUGUAAAGGGCUGUCGAUUUGCAUCGCUGCCAUUUUGAUGACCCUUGACUCCAUAGUGCACUUUCUUCGUUAUAUACAUGACAGUUUACAGUACAAUUUUUCCCUAACUCUAUCUUUUGGGGGGGGGGGGGGGUCCUGGUUUGUCAACGUCUCCAAAUGUGCAACUGCAAUGGGGGAUUUGUUUUUAAAGGUCCAUUAGCCACAUUUUAAAGACACUGGUUCAAGGAUUUAGAUGUUUUUAUUUUCCAUCUCUCUAAAGAGGGAAUAUGAUCACUUCCUCUGUGAUGGGUUACUGGCUCGUCCAAACAGCAUAAAUGGAUUUCUGAUGUUUACUUGUAUUCGGCAAUCAUGGACUGUUUUGUUUAAUAUAGGAGCAUUGGGAAGCAAAUGACUGGGGCAACAUUUUUUCAAAACAACCAAAUCUUCUCAGGUGAACAAUGCAGCGUGUGGUUUGAUGUUGUUGCCCCAAACCACUGACUAUCUCUCACCAUACCAUAGACUUCUAAUAAUAGUGUCACAGUUUCAUGUUGGGAGCUGGUCGUGAUGCAGUCUAGUCCCGUUUAUUGCAGUGAAUGAGUCAGCAAGUUGGUCUGUGUAACUGUCCCAGGACAGUACGCAUGUGGUCCGAACAGUCAAACAUUUGUCUUCGUUAUAAUCAAUGUGUCAAAGUCUAUCGUAAUGAUUCCUGCUGUCUACUAAAUAGAGAACCCAGUAGCUAAAGAGAAUAACUGAAAUCAAUGGUUUUUCCCAUCCAUUCAGAUGACGUCAUCAGGCUGAGGAAGUAUUCACACAGCAAACUGUACAGUCUUAUCCUAAUUUAUGAAAUCUACGAUUGUUUAAUUUCUCAACGGCUCGCUUUUAAAUUUGUCUGAUCAGCUUUUGAAAAUUCAGGGGGACAUGGUAGUGAAUGUAUGACAAUUUGUGCCCUUUCUCUCUUGUCGACCUUUGUGCCAUUAAAUCUUCAUAUUGUAUCUAGAUAUCAAAUAAAAGUUUCUCAACUUCA